AUGGAGUGUCUAAUUGCUAGAGAGAGAAUCUGUGGUCCCAGUAGUAUGGCUCUAAUUGCUCCUAUUAUCAGUAAGGCUACCUCUAUCUCUCAAGGUCGGUCUUCGGGCAGGUUAGAUGUGGUUCAUAGGAUGGAUGUAAGCACUUAUUAGAUGUUGAAUGCAAUUGAAAUAAGCCAGCGUCGUAAUCAACCAUUCAAAAAGUACUUUAGAGCUACAAUGGAUCUGUUUGCAGCCAUGAUUAAAGAAGAGUUGAUGCCAAGAGAAAAGGAUGUAAUUGAACUGUUGGCAAAAAUUGUCUGUGAGUACAAGAGAGGGACAAAAUAUAUUGCUUUUUCACGCAAUGAUUCUGCUUAAGUUUUUCUGCCAACUGACACUACUCCGUGAAAAGAAACAUGACCAACUUUUCUUCUCGCAUUUAAGGGAGUUUCUAAGCCUCAAUCCAAAGGAUCAGUUUGGAAAUACAUUGUUACACUUUGUGGCCUCAACACGUGAACCAAUUGUUUUCCCGCAUAGGUUUUAUCGUUUUAAACACCCUCUGAUUCAAAUGUUCCAUUUACCAUGCACGUAUUCCAUGAGAAUGAUUCUUGAUUACAGACCUGGCCUGGUUCAUGUUACAAAUAACAAUGGUGACACUACCCUUCAUCUGACCACAAGAUUUAAAUCUGAAGUUGAACAGGUGCACAUUUUGAUUGAUAUGUUGCAAGUGUUGCAUGGCAAAGGUGCGCAUCAUUACUAUGUGAAUAAUGAGGGUAAGACACCCAUUGAUGAAGCUGAAACCCAAGAGGCAAAACGCUUUCUUUCUGACACGAGCAGUAUAAAAUUACAGUACAUUGCUGCCAUUGCAGCCAAGAGAUUUGGACUCCCU